AUGAGCGGAGGCAGCGAUACCCCAGUGGCCAAGAUGCACUCGAUAAACGAGGUCCACGUGCGAGACCCGGGCUCUUUGCGCUUGCCUCCCGAAGGGCCGGAAGUCACCCCCGUGCCGGAGGAUAUCCUCUGCAAAAAACCGGAUUUCCGCGUGCGUUGGUGGGAGGCCUAAAGAGUCCUGUAGUAAAAUCCAGUUAGCCAAACGCUUCUCCUGCUCAGGGGCUAUCCGUUGAUACUCCUCUUUUGCCUGCCGAAU